AUGUCUUCGUAUUCUGCCAUAGGAAGUGGCAGCGCCCACUCAUCCGACUCGGGAAGGGGAAGGAGGCGAAAGGCGAAAGACAGCAACUUCGCGGGCCAGGCUUCAUGGUUCAGCAGCAAUGUCAAUCUUCUCAAUACCAUUGUUGGCGCUGGCACUCUUGCCAUGCCACUUGCCAUGUCGCACAUGGGAAUUCUGCUUGGGACUUUUGUCAUUGUGUGGUCAGGCAUGACGGCUGCCUUUGGGCUAUAUCUGCAAUCCCGAUGCGCGCGGUACUUGGAUCGCGGAUCGUCAUCUUUCUUCGCCCUGUCCCAGAUGACAUAUCCGAAUGCUGCAGUGAUUUUUGAUGCUGCUAUUGCUAUCAAGUGUUUUGGGGUUGGUGUGAGCUAUUUGAUUAUCAUUGGAGAUCUUAUGCCAGGUGUGGUGAGGGGCUUCAACGAAGCUGCAGACAAUAUCCCAUUCAUGGUUGAUAGACACUUCUGGGUUACUGUUUUCAUGCUCGUUGUCAUCCCACUUUCGUUCUUGCGCCGCCUCGACUCCCUGAAGUACACCAGUAUCAUAGCUCUGACAUCCAUAAGCUACCUUGUCGUAUUGGUAGUUUUCCACUUUUUUAAAGGGGACACGAUGGCAGACAGAGGCGUUAUUCGAGUAUUACAAUGGGCAGGACCUGUACAGACCCUACAAAGUUUCCCAGUCAUUGUGUUUGCGUAUACAUGCCACCAGAACAUGUUCUCUAUCAUAAAUGAAAUCUCAGAUAAUUCCCCCAGACACAUAACCAGUGUCAUUUUUGCAAGCAUUGGCUCUGCUGCCUCAGUCUACGUUCUAGUUGCCAUUACUGGCUACUUGUCGUUUGGCAACAAUGUUGCCGGAAACAUCGUCGGAAUGUAUAUCCCUUCGAUCGCUUCAACGAUUGCCAAGGCCGCUAUUGUCGUCCUUGUCAUGUUUUCUUACCCACUUCAAGUGCAUCCGUGCAGAGCUUCUAUUGAUGCUGUUUUGAAGUGGAGACCAAAUAGCUUUAAAGGCUCAAGAAAUUCACCCAACUCUUCACCAGCACGAACAGCUCCCUUACUCGCAGGUUCUUCAGCCCAACCGCCAGCAAGAAAUGACCAGAUUGGUGAGCUUCGUUUCGCUCUCAUCACGACUACAAUCGUCAUUCUCAGCUACACCGCUGCGAUGACCGUAUCAUCCCUUGACAAAGUCCUCGCAUACGUUGGAAGCACUGGAAGCACGAGCAUUAGCUUUAUUCUUCCGGGCUUGUUCUACUAUAAGAUUUCUGCCCCAGAUUCGAUACACCACCAGCGACUGACAAAGGAGGAUGACGAUGACCAAAGUGGCUCCGAUGAAGAGGAUGGAGGACAACGCGGGGGCGCAACUCAGUGGCGCAAGACGAUAUUACGGAAACUUUCGCUUGCAUUGGCGAUUUAUGGCAUAUUCGUUAUGGUUCUGUGCUUGGGCACAAACGUAUUCUUUGCAGGAGGCGGAGGGCAUUGA